AUGUUGAUGCAUUUGUAAUUGUUGCUUAAAGUCUAACUCAGGGGGCAAUAGGCAAUACUAUUGUAGAUCAAUAUAUAAUAUUAUUCACAAUUUUUUUAAUUUCGUCUUGGUCAAAGCUGAAGCUAUAAACUACAUGCUGUCAAGCUAAGAAAACAAUUUGGUAUUAUUAUUAUUGUUGAUUUUAGUCAACGUUAAUGAAGAUCUAAGAAGUUUCCUGGAGUGGUGCAGAUCGAUCAAGCUUGAAUUAAGGAAGAUCAAGCAGUCGUCUAUUUCGUAGCAGUACAUACUUUACAAAUCAAUAACUUGAGUAGUGUUGAUCGUAUCGAUCUAUUGAUCAAAUUGAAAGAUAUAUAGAUAAAGUUGAUGUUUUUGGAAUGAUGUCAGGCGGCUAUGAUGGAGGAGGAACAACUCACUCAUCUUAUCUGCAUCAGUUAUUGCAGAACAACAACAACAAUCCAUCAGAGUCGCAGACAACUUCAUCGUCUGCAGACAUGGACAGAUCAGAUCCAGGAGGAGGAGGAGGAGGAGGAGCAAGUUCAGGCGGUGGUGGACCGAUGAGACGGGCUCGAGGAAGGCCAUCUGGAUCGAAAAACAAACCCAAACCACCCAUUUUAGUGACCCGAGAUACCCCAAAUGCACUGAGAUCUCAUAUGUUGGAAGUGUGUUCAGGUGCAGACAUCAUGGAUUCUUUAUCAACAUACGCUCGACAGAGGGGUAGAGGAGUUAGUGUUAUCAGUGGGAAUGGCAACGUUAUGGAUGUUACUCUGCGUCAGCCUGCUGAUAGUAGCAGUGUUGCUACACUGCACGGAAGGUUUGAGAUACUGUCGAUUACAGGGACAGUGUUGCCUCCUCCUGCACCUCCUGGUGCUGGUGGUUUGUCUAUCUUUUUGUCAGGUGGACAAGGACAGGUGGUUGGAGGAAGCGUGGUGGGUCCACUACUUGCUUCUGGGCCUGUUUUACUCAUGGCAGCCUCUUUCUCUAAUGCAGUUUUCGAGAGGCUUCCGUUGGAUGAUCAUCAGGACCCUCCUGAUCAUUCUGCACCACCACCAGGGGGUGGAGGAGAAGGCAGCGGUACCUCUGCUGGUGGUGGUGGUUACGGGUUUCCUGCAGCAGGAGGUGGUGGUGGUGGUGGUGGUGGGGGUGAUCAUCAUGGUCUAAUGGGAUGGGGUGCAGCUGGUCCUCGUCCACCAUUUUAAUUAAUUACUUCUCUACUACGUCUAUACCUCCUAUUUAGUUGGUUGAAUUGGUUUUCAUUUAUUGAUUGAUUGAAUUUAGUUACAAUUUCGGAGAUAGGUCAAAUGUGAAACACAAACUAGUACUGCCUUUAGAAGCAGCUUCUUCAAUUUUCACUCAUCUUCAUUUUCA